AUGAGGAGCAAUGAGACAUGGAUCACAGAAAUCACCCUGCUGGGCUUCCAGGUUGACCCCGGGCUGAAGGCUUUCCUCUUUGGGAUAUUCUUGCUAUUUUACAUCCUCACCAUGAUGGGAAAUGGGACUAUCCUGGGGCUCAUCUGGCUCGACCCCCGACUGCACAGCCCCAUGUACUUCUUCCUGUCCCACUUGUCCAUCAUUGACAUGUCCUAUGGCUCCAGCACUGUCCCCAAGAUGCUUGAAAACCUCAUGAUGCAGAAGAAAACUGUAGCCUUUGGUUCAUGUAUACUUCAGACAUACGUCUAUAUGGUUUUGGGUCACACUGAGUGCAUGAUGUUGGUGGUGAUGUCCUAUGACAGAUACGUGGCCAUCUGCCACCCUCUCCAAUACAUUGUCAUCAUGAACUGGAGAGUGUGCACUGCUCUGGCCAGCAUUUGCUGGGUGUUCAGCUUCCUCUUGAUUCUCAUCCAUAUCGCUCUCCUUCUGAGGCUUCCCUUCUGCGGUCCACAAACCAUCAACCACUUCUUCUGUCAGAUCAUGUCAGUAUUGAAACUGGCCUGUGCGGACAUCAGACUCAACCGAGUGGUCCUCGUCAUUGCUUCAGUGAGCAUUCUAGUGGGGCCCCUCUUUCUGGUGCUGGUCUCCUAUACCCGCAUCCUCUUUGCCAUCCUGAGGAUCCAAUCCAGAGAGGGACGCAGAAAGGCCUUCUCCACCUGCUCCUCCCACCUCUGCGUGGUCGGACUCUUCUUUGGCAGUGCCAUGGUCAUAUACCUAGCCCCCAAAUCCAGCCAUUCUCAAGAGCAAAGGAAGGUUUUAUCUUUGUUCUACAGCCUGUUCAACCCAAUGCUGAACCCAAUGAUCUACAGUUUGAGGAACGCAGAGGUGAAGGGCGCCCUUCGGAGAGUGUUGUGGAAGUGGAGAGCAGUGUGA